GGGUUACAACUAUAUUAAUAUCUCUUAAUAUGAUUAAUAUAUUUUCAAAAAAUUAUUUUAAAAACAUAAUUAAUACAAGUCACCUAAAAUCAAGGCCAAUGCAAUAUAUUAUAUCCUUAUAGAAUCAUUUCAAUAUGCAAACUAUAGCCAACUCAACAGUAAUAAAUGACGAUUACGAACAUCCUGAUAAACAAAUUGAAUAUAUACUAGAAAACGUACUCUGCGAUGAAGUUGGAUGCAGUGCGAGUGAAGACUAUAAAACACUUUUAGAACAAUAUAACUCAGUAAUAUUGAGCGUCUGCCAAUGUGAUGAAUCACAAAACUGUAGUGAUUGUAGGCAUGGUGGAAAUUAUCACUGGAAUCAUGAAGCAAAAGAGUUAGUACUACAACAAAAACGGAAUGAUCUCAUUUAUGAGUGUACAACCUUAUGUACUUGUAACCCCAAUGUGUGCCUAAAUAGACUCGUACAAAAUGGACCACGAGCAAAUUUAAAAAUUAUAGAUUCUAAAAUAUAUAAAUCUAAAGGUCUUAUGACUACAAAAGCUAUACCAAAAGGUGCAUUUAUAUGUGAGUAUGCAGGUGAGCUAUUAACUCACGCAACAGCCACAUACAGAAUCAGACAAAAUGAAAAGAAUCAUAAAAUGAAUUAUAUACUAUGUAUGAAUGAAAUAAACACAAGUGACAGCAAUCGCCUGUCUACAAUUGUGGAUCCCAGUCUAAAAGGUAACAUAGGACGUUACUUAAAUCACAGCUGCACACCAAAUUGCGAGUUGUUGAGUGUACGUGUUGAUUGCUUUAUACCAAAAAUAGCUAUUUUUGCCUCGCGUAAUAUAGCAGCUGGUGAAGAACUUUGUUUCCACUACGGCGGUGGUAUGCAAACGUCAGUGGACGAAAUAGCAGAUCAAACAAAUGCUAGUGCGAUAAAUCGAAUUAAAUGUUUAUGUGGCACUGAAGAUUGUGAACAAUUUUUACCUUGUAUACAAUUUUAGUUAAUAAUACAAAAAAAAAGUUGCAUUUUUUUUAAU